CAGAAAGCCGAGCCAGUUGCCCGCCGCGCAGCCUCCAGUUUGUUUACAUCGAUUAUAAUGUGUGACGUUUACUCAUUUGAUAACUGACUACACAUACUUCCGAUUAUAUUUUGGUCCGUUGUGCAAGUGAUACACCUGUGAACUACUUUUUGACCAGUGUGACAGGUUGGAAACGUGUCUAUUGUGUGACCAUUAAACUGCAGGCAUUGUGGCAACGCAUCAUGUAGCCAUUUAAAACCAGCUAGUUAUUUUGCAUUUGCACAAAAGUUGCACAGCUGGUUCCUGUGAUAAUGUUGUAGACAAUAGAGUGACGUAUCCAACAUUUUUCCAUGUCACAAUAUCGCGUGGUUUAGCGUAUCGCUUGAAAACUACGGUUUCAUGUUCUUCGACUAGUGCAGUCUCUCUGAGUACACUCAAGGUUGUUUUUCGAUAAGUAUUACUUCGUUUAAUUACUUACAAUAGUGCUUUGUUUUCAGUAAUUAUUAAACUGGUGCGUGUCUGCUUCUCGGCACUAAGGUUACCUAGAAUUGCCUUCGAGCUCAGGAACGUUAUACAUAACGUACUGAGUAAUAGUUUAUGUAUGUGAUUGAGGGAUCGUUGCACCUAUGUACAUGGUUGCAAUCAAGGCAUUGUGAUUGGUCCAGAGCACAUGAAGCGUGGCGUGACCGUUGAACCAUGACCGUAAGUGCUAAGAACCUGACUCCACACAGGUUAUAAACUCAAUGCUUGUUGGUAAUGAUUCAUCGGAUUUUGAUAAAAUUCCGCUAUUACUCAAAACUAGCCGAGUCGUCAGCUAUCAUUUAUUUAGAAUACAUAACUGCAACGACAUCAAUUGACACACUUAGUCUGUUCAGUAAUGGCAAAGAAAAUACACCAUUAUCGUGGGUUUCUCAUUCGCUAGUUGAGAGGCUGUUAAUCAGUAUCAUUGCCACGGGCUUUACUAUAGCAUUGUUAUGAACGGUGAUCUGGUAACAUAAUAGUUACUCUGGCGCGAUCUAGAUACCCAGAUCUCGAGGUAGAAAGCGGCGUGUGACAUCGCGACACUCAUUUAAACCCGCUUAUCAAAUGUAUUUAUUUUAUUUCGAAUUUCUUUUUGAGCAAAAUACUUUCAUUCUCCAACUUACCUCCGUUAAAAGUAUCGAGAUUUGUCGCCUUUAUGUUCAAAAAACAUCUGUAGAGUUAAUAUAAUUAUCAGGUUGCUCAGUAACGCGCAUCUUAUUACAACUAAUGUUGUCCCACGUAAUUUCGUUAGCCGACACUCGUAACCGUUGACAAUGGGUUCCCAUUUCAAAGAAGAGGUCUUGGUCUUAAUCGUCAAUUGUUCGCUCUAUUGCAUCCACUCGAUCCGCCGCCGAUAAAAGUUACACGGACUUACAAAGAAUCAUCGCGUUUAACAGUACUGUCAACAUUCUACAUUCUAGGUAACAUGUAAACGCAAAAGUUUAUUUAAUAAAUUCCUACUUUCAUGAGUUUCCCUGUCAUGUAAUGUUAUAAAUUGCUGUUUUCCGCACAUAUCUUAGAAAAUAUCAUUCCCAUCGUAAAGUUUCAAAACCGCGUGACAAAAGCAUGCAAACUGCCGGAGUCAACGUUUUGCGAGCUAUGCGUUUAUGUCCACUAUGUGGUAAUUAUUCCUGCAUGUUGCGAGUUCGCGAGGCCUUUAGUUAGAACACAACAGUUUUUGCGGUAUUUCAUGAAAAUAUAUGUUUAUGCAUCAUUGAACUUUGGAAAUUAAAUAAUAUCUUAGUAUGUGGAGUUUCACAUCAGCAUUGCUAAACGAAUUACUGCAUAAAGCAAUAGAAUGUUAACUAAGCCGUAUUAGAUUGUAGUUUGUUGACUUAAGCUGGAUUAGGUCCAAGUAAAUAAAUAUAAUCGGCAAGUUCGUUGUGCAACUGGUGACAUCAAAAGUAAGUUGGACAGCAAUUGAGUUGGCGUUGCGGAUAUUAUUGCGCUGGAAUGAAAGCCUAAUCAAAACUUCAUGCCCAGUUACAACACUACUAUUAUGUUCAAUCUGUUAUUGGAUUUUACUAUAACGGGUAGAGGCUCUUUCGUUGCUGAUUGGAACCUAUAUUUAAGUUUUCUCUUGUCGUAAUCAUGUCUUCUAUCAAAAGCAAUUUGUUUAGGUUCGUGUUUGGUAUUUAAUAAUGGUUUGUAUUCAUAUUAUGUAAGAAUAAAUCCCACUUCCGUGGGCGAAUUUUCUCAAAUUCCUAUCAGAUCGCGGCAUCAGACAGCGGUUAAAUCUUGCUUAUUGCUAGUUUUUCUCUUUUAUGGCAAACGCGUCGGCGUCUCACGUGGGGUCUCACACUCACGCUACUUAGUUCCGACUUUGAAAGUCUUGCUAAUGAUUCGGGCGGGGAUUGUGAGAACUGAGAAGUUCAGGCUUUGUGGGUCCGGCAUUCGGUAGUCGGUAGUGAAGGUGCAGUUAGGAGGGGCGGUGAUAGUCAGAUAAGGAUGGUUGCGAUAACGGCGCGGAGGCCGCGAGAGCGUGCCGCCGGCGUCAGUGCCGCGCGGUGCCUGGCGGCCGACACCGAUAUUUUACCACUUUUUGCGCGUCUGCCUGCAAGGUCGCUGCUCGUGUUAUUGUAACUACACGUACAUCUGCGGUGUUGUCAGUGAAAUGAGAUUGAGUUACAAAUUACAAUUCUAUCCACAUCAUUUUCAAUUAUUCUUCUGCCAGUGUCUUACGUUUCGAACAGUUUACUGAUAUUGUCACAACAAACAGGUGCCAACUUACAAACAAUGCGAAUCUCUUUUCUGACUAUAAAGUGAGUUUGAAAAGUGGUGCUUAACAUGAAGGAUUCUACUCCUCGCUGCGAGGACGUCGCCGACAAGCUGGUACGUCUGUUCGGGUGGAGACAGACUUACCCCGUGCAGAAACUCCAAAGGAGUAUACUACCACAGACCACUGAAACGGGUCCGGAAACAUGGGUGGGUGUCCGAGCGUUGCGCGCCAGUUCGGGUGGCAUCCUGGAUCCCGACGACCGCGUGCGAGACGUGGCGGAUGACCGGGAGACGCUGACGGCCGAGUGCACUGCGCAGGCGCCGCAACCGCGCGCCGCGCAGGCAGAUGGCGCUAGUGGCUCCUCUGCCGGCACCGCCUCCCCGGAUAUGUUUCGGGGUGGCGGUGGCGUUGGUGGCAGCAUGCGGGUCCCCGACACGGAUUCGUGCGUGGAAGUGGGCGCAGCAGAUCUGGAGGACGGCGCCAAUGGCCUGCAGGUGCGGCGCGGCAGCGAGCCCACGCUGCACCAGGACACGCUGCCGCCACAGCGACAGGUGUCAGAACAAACGAAGCGAUGGUCGGCAGCGGUGGUCUGCCGGGACGACAGUAGCCGCGUGACGCAGAAAGUGCACCCACUACCGGACGGGCGGCCGCCGGACGCGCCGGACCGACACUCACACGGCCAACACUUCCAGCGACAGUCCAACCGACUCUCCAUGCAGUUCUCUGGACCUGGGAGCGGUGUGUGGCUAGACGCAGCGGAACGGGUACAAAGUUACGGCAGCAAGAGUCUUCCUAGAGACGCACGGAGAGAGCCCCUGGGGCAAGAUACACCUGUUAAUAAUCAUCAAAAUCAUAGGGUAGAAGACAUGCUGAGAUGGGUGUCUGGUGUCAACAACGUGGCGAGCGUGCAUCCUGUACAAGAACGGCCACUUGAUCUCUUACCUGAAGGUGGCAGCAGCGAGCGCGCGAUCUCAGGCCUUGAGGAGCCGCUGGCGGUGUCGGGCGGCGGCAAGCCCGCGGCCGCCGUCAGGGUCGCGCUCGUCAAGGGGGAGAAGGGACUCGGCUUCACCAUCACCACGCGCGACAACCCCACCGGCGGACACUGCCCCAUAUACAUCAAGAAUAUACUGCCUAAGGGUGCUGCAGUAACAGACGGUCGGUUACGAGCGGGAGACAAACUGGUGUCUGUAAACAACGUGCCGGUGUCAGGCCUCACGCAACAGCAAGUCGUCACUCUACUAAGGAACACCCCCACCGAUUCUACUGUAGAAAUCGUCAUAGAAAGAAAUGUACCUAAUAGGACCCAGAGGGUAGAACCCCAACAAAGUCCAACGAAAUACAUAGAGAAAGCCAUCGGAACGCCUCCGUCUAACGCAAUAGAAGCCAACAAGUCUUCAGAGAACGGUCGCGUGUCUAGCAUCGUGAACGCUAUCAACCAGAACAGUGCCAACAGCUCUAUGAGAGGCCGGAUACCUAAGAGCUCCUCCAAAGAUGACUUGCUCAGCAAGGACUUAAGUAACGAUAGCGCGCUGCAAGAAGCUCUCAAUUCUUCGUCUAAUUCUCUGCUAAGUCUUCGCAACCGCCUGAUCCUGCGGCUGGACGUGCCGGUGCAUGACUCGGAGAAGGCGGGGCUGGGCAUCAGCGUGAAGGGGAAGGUCACCGUGGGGGCAGACCCGCAGGACCUCGGCAUCUUCAUCAAGUCCGUACUGCACGGCGGGGCCGCGUCUAGGGAUGGCAGGCUACAUACGAACGACCAGCUGCUGAGUGUGAACGGCGUGUCCCUCGUGGGGCAGAGCAACGCCGAGGCGAUGGAGACACUACGGAGGGCGCUCCUACACGCGCGGCCGCCGCGGACUGGCAGCAUCACACUCACUAUCGCUAGGAGGACUGACAGCAUGGAUAGUUUAGCAAGGUGGAAAGACGACACGCCGCCAAAUGGAAACGAUACCACCAACUCAAAUGAGAACUCACAAAACUACAACACUGUGAUCUACAAUGCGAGCAGUGACAAAGAGAACAAACCUGCCGAUAAUUACCACCAAAAGUAUGACGCUAACCAAAACGAAGGCUUUGACAGCCAUGACGGAAGAAGCAGUAAGAAACACGCCUCCAUAGUCACGAUAAACAACAACAACAGCUGGGUCUCCAACCAAUCAGACGACAGCAAAGGGUAUUUAGAAAGAGAUAAAGAUACUGCUCCUCAUGAUAGCAAAAGAGAUAGCUUUGAAUGGAGUCGGUUGGAUGGAUGGAAUCCAGUGAUAGAUAGACUGACGGGUUUGAGGAAUGAGAGUUAUUACAUGGCGACGCAAGUCGAAGCGCCGGUAGCGAAUGGUCACCAUUAUAGACAGAACUUAGGGCAUGUGCACAUGUCGCGGUCGCCGCCUGCGCAUCAUAAUGUUAUCAUUGAAGAAGACUACGGUACUACGAAAGGCAGCGGCGGCGGCGAGUCGGGCAGCGAGUCGGGCGCGGGCUUCAGCCGCGACGCGGUGGGGCGCCGCUCCAUGUCGGAGAAGCGCCACGCCGCGCUCGACGCCAAGGCCACCGGGACCUACAAGAAGAUCAAGGAGAUUAAAGCUAUCAACUCAUUGCAAGUGGGACCAUCAUUAGGCAUGCGGAAAUCAUCAAGUUUGGAGUCACUACAAACAGCUAUACAAGAAACCCAAAGGAAUCCGCGCGCUGAACCAAUAUACGCACGUGCCCAUCCACCUUUAAAACAUUGGUUGACGGACGACAACAACGGUCCCGACAUCAUACGGGGCUCGCCGCAGCAGUCCUCACUCUCACAUAAGAAGCCCUCAUUACUCAAAUCAUUAUCUACCAUGUUCAGGAUAGGCAAGCCUCAUAAGAAACCUGAGCAAGAAGUGUAUGGCAGGUCCCAGCCUGGCCGAGCGUCAGAGAAGUCCUUGUCAAGAGACGCGUUAGAGCGGCAGAGCAGGAUAGAAGAGAGGGAGAAAGAAGAAGAAUCUAAGUCACAACAGAGGUCGGAGGCGUCCCACUCGCGGCAGGGCAGCAGCGGCAGCGGCGGCGAGCGCGCCAACAAGCGGGAGCGGCGCGCGCCGCCCUACCGCGCGCCGCCGCAUCAGCAGCACCCGCAGGCAAUGGACAGCGCGUGGGGUCCCACCGGGCACUACGUCAACUACGAAGAAAUACAACAAAACUUAAACGCGCGUCGCGAGAAGUUGAGUGAGGUGCAGAUAGGACAGAUGAGGAGACAGGUCAACGCACAGAGAGCCAAGGCCGAGGAGGAGAGUCGUCGGGCAGGAGCGGGUGGCUACCACUCACAGCGCUCCUGUAGGGAGGGAGGCGUGCGGCCGCAGUCCAACUACUACGAGUACGAGAGCGCGCCGCCGAGGAGACCAGGCAAACUCUCCCAUUACCACUGAGCAAUGGACGUCGAACAACGCAAAGUAUACACUACCGUCGCUGUCCGAGGUAUCAGAUCUCAUUUUAAUUCGCGAUACAUUUAACGAUUAUAUCGCUUCUCUAGGCGUUAGUAAUGCAAUCUGUCGAGUCGAUCCCUUAUUGAUUUAGCUUCAAGUGCCUUCACUGAGACUGAUUGUUUCGCAAGUUGGUGCCUAUAACGGAAUUGAAAGACUUAAUAUUAUGAUGUUGUAUAUGUGUUAAUUAAAUAACCUUUGUCAA